AUGCCUCGGGCAUUCCACUUGGGUGAUCCGCCGCCGCAGUUCGAGAACAUCGCAGAGCGUUUCACCGACAAGGCUGCCGAGAAGCGUCCUGUGGUGGAGGGUGCAGACCAGCCCAGAAAGACGGGUAGCCGCCUGCGCACUGGCGGUGCCCUGAACAUUGGUGGAGACAGCGGCCGUAAGAGGUCGCGGCCGUCGGGAGCUGGCGAAGAAGAUGACGACGACACCAUUCCACUGUCUCAGCAGUUUUGCAUGAACCUGCCGGGGCAGGAGGAAACGACAUCGGUGUCGCCGACCAGGUCGAGACCGCAGGAAGCGGCAAGGCCCCAGCAAACUGGCCAGCAGCCCCCGACCCAGAGAAGCCAGCAGGGACCUCCGCCUGCAGCUAGACAAGAGAGGACAACAACGGGAGCCACGCCGACCUCAGCUGGAACGGCAGCAAGACCACGAUCAUCGAGUGUGGCGCCGGGGAGAGAGCCGCCACGAACCACGGAGGCCGUUAGCACACCGACGGUCCAAGGUGUGCCACCACCACAGCGACACGAGCCAACUCCUCCUGUUCUCAGACUCAGGGACAGGGGAGCUCUGGUGGUGGUAGCAAGACAGGUCGGCGCUUCGGCGUCAGGUUCACACAAUCUUCGGUCGUCCACCGAGGUCCCCAUCUCCUUUAGACCUGCACCGAGCUCGGUUGCUGGCACCGCAGAACAGCAGCGCGAGACUGCCGCAGAACAGCCGCGGCCCAUCGUCGAGGAGGCAAGGAGGAGUCCGCCCAGGGCCCUGACGCCGCCUAGACAGGAGGAAGCCGCAGCGGUAGCAGAUGGUGAUCAUGCACCACAAUCUUCCAUACCUAAGCGCCGAGCUAUUUCGCAGGACCUGGAGAAGAACAGUGAAUACACCAGACAUUGCUACAACUCCAUAGAGCCGACCCUCAAGGAGAACGAGGCACUGAAAGCCGAAGUGGCUAAGCUGAAAAGCCAAGUAUCAGAGCUGAAGGAACAACUCCUUGAGGUGGCAACUAAGGAGUCGGCACUGUCUUCGGAGAGGCCUGUAAUGGAGGAAACUUGUGCUCGCUUGGAGAAGGAAAAAAUAGACCUCGCCGUGGAAACCACCGUCCUCAAGCUGGAGCUGGAAUGCCUUCGAGGCAAAAAGGAGGGAGCCGAAGCAGCCGCGGAGAGGCUUGCCGCCGAAUUGGAAGCCGUUCGCGCAGGCAACAAGAGGCAAUUCGACGAAUUCGCGCGGCAAGUACAGUGGUAUCAAGAUAAGGCCCAGCAAAUGGAGGAGGGAGUGACGCCUCUCCUCAAUAUCAUUGAGAUGGACAACACCUCCUCAGCUAGUAACAGAGGGCUGCCGAAUCCAAUGGUUAUUGUCGAACGAUGUCGGAACUCGCUGGGAAACUUUAAGGGCUUUGUGGAGGAAGCGCGCCACUAUGUGGCCUCCCACGUCCUCGGGGUGGUGCGGUCGCACUACCCUACGGUUGACCUGAACAGGUUUGCCGCAGGGGUGGCUGCUGGCACCAGCGAAGAAAGAGCUGGCGAGCUGCGCGACGAAUCCAGGGAGGUCGCCGAGGCCAUCGUUGGAGAUAUACACCUGUAUUAG